AAUCCAUCACCGGAAAUGGCGCCAUCUUCGUGUUCGUUGGUCUAUAAUCCGCCACCCUUUACUUCCGACAAAACCUCAACCACCACCAUUCUUACCCUGCGCAACGCCGGCCUUAACCUACACCAGCCUCAUCCUCUCUCUUGCUCAAUCCUCUCUUCGAAACUCAUCUCCGUAAAACCAUCCCUUAUCCCUGUCCGUGCCUCGCAUCCCCAGAGAUACGUUUACCCUAACCCUAUCCCUGAGUUUGCGGAAGCCGAGACCCGGAAGUUUAAAAAUGAGCUUUUCAAGAAAUUAUCCAAAGACAGAGACAAAUUUGGUGAUGAUCUUGAUGCUGUUAUUGACGUCUGCGUUGAGGUAUUUAACAAUUUCUUGCACAAUGAGUAUGGAGGACCUGGAACACUGUUGGUGGAGCCUUUCACGGAUAUGUUCGUAGCUUUGAAGGAGAAGCAAUUACCCGGGGCACCUGUGGCUGCUCGGGCGUCGUUGUUAUGGGCCCAAAAUCAUGUCGAUCAUGAUUGGGAGGUUUGGCACUCAAACUCUCCCUGAUGAUUUCCUUCACAUAAUUCAUAACAAUUUUAAUCACAUUAUCAUCACAUUGUAGUUUUAGUUACCGAUCAAGUUUGGAAUUUGUAAGAAGAGUUGAGUGAAAGACUGGAAAUCCUAAUUUCAUUUCAGAAUAUUACAGCGUAGGAUCCGAGGAUCUUCUGAACUCAGAAGCUAUACAAGUGUUUUUUAUUUCUUGAAACAGAUUUCAAUCUGGGAGCUUUGUUUGCAA